GUUCACCAGUGCUUUGAGCAUCUGCUCGUCUCUGCCGGUUUCCCGCCCACGAACGUCCACCGUCCUGUCCUCACUUUCAGUCGAUAUUCAGGGAAAGCAAUGAGCUGUCGGUGAACUAGAUCCAACCUCAUCACCAACCUCACGGGAAUCACCACAGUCCAAACAUGGCUAUAUUCGAGACCAAAAGCGACAUUUCGUCGACUGGCGGGGAGAAGAAGUCGGCAACCGAUGUAGAGCGUGGGUACUUGGGAGAUGACCACGCCGUUCACCAGGCCGAUUUCGCAACCGGAACCAGCACCUACGCAAAACUGCAAAGACUGGCGGGCAAGCUUGGUGUUGAGCAGCGUGGUAUCGAAAGGGUCCCCGAAGACGAACGAAUCAACGAUGCCGUCGCCAACGUCGGAACGUUGUGGUGCUCUGCCAACAUGGUAGUCUCAUCUUUUGCCAUUGGUGUUUUGGCUAUUCCGGUUUUCAGUCUCGGCUUUGUUGAUACGGCUUUGACCAUCAUCUUUAUCAACUUUCUGGGAGUCUUGCCGGUUUGCUUCUUCUCGACCUUUGGCCCCACAUUCGGUUUGCGACAAAUGGUCCUGUCUCGGUACUGGUUUGGUUUUUACGCUGUCAAGCUGAUUGCCAUAUUCAACAUCCUUGCCUGUCUAGGCUGGUCAGCAGUCAAUACCAUCGUCGGCGCUCAACUCUUCCAUGCGGUCAACAACAACAUGCCUGGGUGGGCCGGCAUCCUCGUCAUUGCCAUCUCGACUCUAAUGAUCUGCACCUUUGGCUACAAAAUCGUCCACACCUACGAGCGAUUCUCCUGGAUCCCUUGUGCCAUCAUCUUCCUCAUCGUUCUCGGCGUCUUUGCGCACUCAGGCAAAUUCAAUAGCAUGCUGCCCAUGAGCACUGGCCCAGCAGAAGCGGGCUCCGUCCUCUCCUUCUCUGCCAGUGUCUACGGCUUUGCGACAGGUUGGACAUCCUACGCCGCCGAUUACACGUGCUACUACCCGGCGUCCACCUCCAGGAUGAAGGUCUUCCUCGUCACCUUCUGCGGCCUCUUCUUCACCCUGUGCUUCACCGAGCUGCUGGGAGCCGCUGUUAUGACUGCCAGCGUUACCGACCCUACGUUUUCUGACGCCUACGCCAACUCUGGAAUCGGAGGUCUUUUGGCAGCCGUUCUGGUCACUAAGCUCGGUGGCUUCGGCCAGUUCUGCCUCGUCAUCCUCGCACUCUCAAUUAUCGCCAACAACUGCCCCAACAUCUACUCCGUCUCCCUCUCUCUUCAGGUUCUGUCCAGAAAGACUGAGCGUAUCCCUCGAUUCAUCUGGGUCUUUGUCGGCACUGGUGUUUAUAUUGCCAUCAGCAUUCCGGGCUACGACCACUUCGAAUCCUGGCUCGAGAACUUCAUGCUCAUCAUCGCCUACUGGCUCGCCAUCUACGAGGGAGUCAGUCUCACUGAUCACGUCGUUUUCCGUCGCGGCAUCAGAGGGUACGACAUCAACGACUGGGAUACGCCCUCGCGCCUGCCACCUGGAUUUGCGGCUAUUGUGGCUUUCUUGAUGGGCGUCAUGGGUGCCGUGCUCGGCAUGUCACAAAGCUGGUUCACCGGUCCCAUUGGGAAGCUUGCCGGCGGAAGCUUUGGUGGCGACAUUGGCUUUGAGCUAGCCUUUUCCUUUGCGUCAGUGUCCUACAUGGUGCUGCGUACAGUUGAGAAGAAGUUCUUCAAGAGAUAGCCAGCUGAGCGUGCAGCGAGCAGAGUAAGUGAGUGUACGAUAUGGAGCUAUGGCUUGUAUAUACUUGAAGUGUAGGCGUAUAUGGUGUUGGGAGGCGUCCGCUGGACCUUUGAGUUGCGACAAGUUUUUGUUUGAGGAAGAACACCCCAGACUUACCUGGGAGUUGCAUAUGACCACUUCAUAAUUGGUCUUUGAUAGUAGAAGCAUGCUACUGAAAUUUGAAUAAAACCAAUCUACGAAUACAUUUAUAAGA